AUGAUUAUCGAAGGUUUUGGACUUCCACAACAAUACAACUUGGAUAUUGAAGAGCUGAAUAACUCCAACGAUUCACGAAUGACUAGGUACCUACUUCCUGAGCAAAACAAGGAUCUUGAGAUUGCUUUGGUACCUCACACUGACAAAGGCACCUUAUCCAUCAUAUGUCACAACGAAGUCCAAGAGAGAUUAGCAUUUAUACUUUUUACUGUACCAAAGGAAUAUAUGACUAUUAAGGUGCCAUCUGAAUUGGUGGACGAGGAAAAUCACCCUCUCCGUUACCGACCAUUCAAGUAUGAGGAUUUUAUAAAUUUUCAUUACUCGACUCGUACAGAAAAGGGAGUGCUUGAAGAAUUUGCUGGUCUUUGA